AAUUUUUCAUUCGUACACUUUUCACCGCUGUGUUUUUUAUCUCGUCUGCCAAUAAACGUGGGAAAAUUUGUAAAAAUUCAUUGACUAAAAAGCGGUUUGUUUUAUUAAAAUACAAUUUUCCAUAGAAAUUGUUUUUGUAAAACAGAAAAUAAUCAAAUAUAUACAUAAAACUGAACUAUAGCACAAGAAUAUUGAAAAAAGUACAAGAAGGAAAAUUUUUAUCAAAAUUAUUCUUUUUUUUGUAUAAAAGAAGGCGUGGGGAUACACACACUGUGCAAAAAGCAAGACAAAGCAAUAAUUGCAAAAAAAGAACGAACGGAAAAUUCAACUCUUCAAUUCUUUAAAGAAAAAAACUAAAGUUAAUCUUUAUAACCACGUGAAUGGAAAGAGGAAUUUCUUUUAAAUAUUUUUUGACAGUAUUUGGUACACGAAAUUGAUAACAAUUGAUACUGUUAUACACAAACACACAAUAUUUAUAACUAUAAAACGCGCUUUUCCGAAAAAUAUUGUAUUUUUUGUAGUAGAAGAAAAGCGUUGCCGCAGCACGCCACUUGUAUAUAACAAAAAAGGCUCACAUCGAUUUUUAACCGGCUUCAUAAGAAGAAAAAAAGAAAGGCAAAACUCACACCCCUUUAAUAAUCAGCAUUUAAUACAUAAAUUUAGGGUUGUUUUGGUUUAAAUUAAUCCAUAAACAAUCUUAGCACAUUAUGGGGGCCUACUUAUCACAACCCAAAACAGACAAGGUGUCCACAGAUGAAUCCAACGAUUAUCUGUGUGUGGGAGCAUCCUCAAUGCAGGGCUGGCGUAAUAGUCAAGAGGAUGCCCAUAAUUCAUUAUUAAAUUUUGAUAAGAAUACAGCAUUCUUUGCUGUAUACGAUGGUCAUGGCGGUGCUGAAGUGUCAACAUAUUGCGCCGAUAAAUUGCCGCAAUUUCUAAAAGCUUUAGCUGCCUAUACAGAGGGCAAUUUUGAACAGGCUCUUAUUGAAGCUUUCCUGGGUUUCGAUAAGACACUUUUAGAACCAGAGGUUAUUGAAAUACUUAAAGUUUUGGCGGGCGAAAAGAAUUUUGCUGAUGCUGAUGAUAGCGAUGCCAUGGAAGAUGAUGAAGAUGAAGAUUUGGCUGAAUUACAUGAAGAAGGAAAUUUACCGCUAGAUGAAGUUAUGGAAAAGUACAAGGGUCACCCUUCGAUGCCUACAUUAAAGAAACUUAAAGAUAGCAAUAGUUCUAAACCACAAUCGCCAUUUUUAAGAGGACGACGUGCCGCUGCUGUUAUAGCAGAUGCCGCUAAUCGGGCCGAAUUGGAUCCCGACUCAAAGCCGGAGGGCUCUUCAACUUCCAAAGCUGCCUUGGCAGCUUUACAAGAUGAAGGUGGUCCUAGUUCUUCGAAAUCUACUUCAACGGCUAAUAAAAUGGAAACUGAAGAGGAUUCUACUGUUAGUAGCAGUAGUUCUAGUGCCAGCAAAUCCAACAGCAAUAAUAAUUCGGCUAAAAAUGCAGCUGAGGCUGAAGCCUCCACUACCGCAGAAGUAACAGAAAAUGCCACAAACGGUCAAACAAAAACAGAUGCUGCCGCUGUGCCCGAUUCAUCAGCCGCCAAGGAAAAUGAACAAAAUGGCAGUGUAUCUUCAUCGGAAGUUAAAAAGAAGGAUGUGCAAUCGUCAUCAUCAUCGACCAAAGAGGUUGAAGUUGUUGUGUCGGGUUCAAGUGAUGCCAAUAAAAAGGAACACAAACAAAAUGGUAGUGUAGAGUCAUCUACAAAAUCACCAACGAAACAGGAAGCAAAUUCCUCAACCAUAACAUCCACCAGCAAAGAUAAGAAAAAGGCUAAAAUUGAUGAAGAUGAGGAAGAUGGUGAGUUUGAUGCCAACGAAAGUAAUGCUCGCCAGGCCUUAGAAUAUUCCUCAGAGGAUGAGGAGGAAUUGGAAGAAGACGACACCACAGAUGAAGAUGCCGACUACGAUGACAUUGAAGUUGAAGAGGAUGAUGAAGAAGUCGAGGACGAAGAGGAUGAGGAAUCCUAUUUGGCAAAUGAACAAUUCUGUGCCAAUAUGAUUGAAGAGCCGGGCAAGGAUAGCGGCUGUACAGCUGUUGUGGGACUACUUAAUGGUCGCGAUUUGUAUGUAGCCAAUGCCGGAGAUUCACGCUGUGUGGUUUGCCGCAAGGGCAAAGCUAUUGAAAUGAGUUUGGAUCAUAAGCCAGAAGAUGAUGAAGAAUCGGCACGUAUCAUUAAGGCAGGCGGACGGGUAACUUUAGAUGGUCGUGUUAAUGGUGGUUUGAAUUUAUCGCGAGCCUUAGGAGACCAUGCCUACAAAAUGAAUCAUGAUUUACCCGCCGAAGAACAAAUGAUUUCUGCUCUGCCAGACAUUAAGAAGUUAAUUAUUUCACCAGAUGAUGAAUUCAUGGUUUUGGCUUGCGAUGGCAUUUGGAAUUUCAUGACCAGCGAAGAGGUAGUUGACUUUGUACGUUUACGUAUCAAUGAUGAGAAUAAGAAAAUGUCGGAAAUAUGCGAAGAAUUGUUUGAGGCCUGUUUGGCUCCCAAUACAUUGGGUGAUGGUACCGGUUGCGAUAAUAUGACCGCUGUUAUUGUGCGUUUCAAACCAUCCAUACUAGAGCUGCCGACAAAACUCAAUCCCAAUGAGACAGAAGAUGUUUUGUUGGCCAAACAGGAGGCCGAAGCCGAAGAAAAAUCUGGUCAAAAGGUACAAAAACGUGCUGCUUCACCCACCUCAGAUGAUAAUGAUUCCAAUGAAGCUGAAAAUAAAAAGAAGCGUUUUAAGACUGAUGCUGAUGAUGAGGAAAAUAAGACCUCCUCCUCUUCCUCCUCCCCUAAAACUAAAACAUCCUCCUCCAACUCGUCGUCGUCGUCGAGUAUGCCUGCUAAUAGCACAGAUGAAAGUAGCACAACAGCUACAAAAGAGGUGCAAAAAGAAUGCGACAGUGCAGUGGCAUCCUCAACGUAAAUUGUAGAUUAUUUCUUUGCUAUGAUUGUGAGUAUGUUUGAGGAGUUGGGUCGUUCUGUCACUCACACUCAAGCACUUACAUUUUUAACAUAUAUAAACUACAAUGCAUACAACUAAAUACAUACAUAUAAUAUGUCCCCUUUUAUAUAAUAGUAAUUAUACUAAGUUGGUGUGAAUUUUUCCUCCCCCACCCCCUUACGUAGAAUUUAAGUUUAAAGGAAGAUAAAUUUUCAAAAUGAAAAAAGCUAAAUUAAUUUUUACACAAUACUUUACGACUCCUUUUAUACAACAACAAUAUACCCUCUUUACAAAAGCAAGCCUUUCAAGAUAAAGAGAAGGAAAUAGGGUCUCAGAAUAUUUGUCUGUCAACAUCAUAUUGUCGGUCUGUUCAGAUAGAUCUUUUUUGUAUUAUCCCUAGAACCA